AGUGAGAGCACGAGCCCCCGGCAGUUAGUCGUUGGUCAGUCGCACAGACGGAGCGACGUGUUUUGGAAAGAAUUGGACCUCAAUUGGAAAAUAUACGUAUACAAGUUAUGAAGACUUCAAAGGACCAAAAGAGCAGGGUUUGCGUUAUAGGAGCCGGCACCGCCGGUCUCUGUGCCCUAAAGAACUCCCUGGAGGCUGGCCUGGAUGCAGUGGCGUAUGAGCGAGGAACUGAGAUUGGGGGAACGUGGAUCUUCUCGGAGAAAAUGCCUAAGGACGAGUACGAUGAAGUGCACAGCAGCAUGUACGAGGGACUGCGCACAAAUCUGCCCAAGGAAGUCAUGGGCUAUCCCGACUACUCCUACCCCGACGACAUCGACGAGUCCUUCAUAACAUCUCAGCAAGUGCUGGACUUUCUGCGAUCCUAUGCCAAGCACUUUAAGCUGGAGCCGCACAUCAAGCUCCAGCACGAGGUGAUAAGAGUGCGUCCUCGAUUGGACGAUUGGGAGGUCUAUGUGUGGGACCACAGCACGGAUACCUGCGACCCAGUCUACUACGACUUCGUUUACGUGUGUAACGGUCACUACACGGAACCGGACAUGCCGCAGAUCGAGGGAAUGGAGCUGUACAAGGGCAGGAAGAUGCACAGUCAUCUUUACCGCAAGGCAGAUACAUUUAAAGACGAAAGUGUACUGAUUAUCGGUGCAGGACCCAGCGGUAUGGAUAUUUGUAAUCACGUUCGCACGGCCGCCAAAGAGGUGUUUUUGAGCCAUCACCUGGCCACGACUCCUAACACAGCCUUCAUGGGCAAUGUAUCACAGAAACCGGAUGUGGAGCGCUUUACGCCAAAUGGAGCGGUAUUCAAGGAUGGGAGCGAAGAGACCUUUGGCCACGUACUGUUCUGCACCGGCUACAAGUACACAUUUCCCUGCCUCAGCACUGACGUCGGCGUCCAGGUUAUCGACAACUUUGUACAGCCGCUGUGGAAGCACUGCAUCAACAUCAAUCACCCGACUAUGGCCUUCAUUGGGCUGCCAUUCAACGUCAUCCCGACACAUAUCUUCGACAUGCAGGUUCGCUUCACAGUCAAGUUCUUUACGGGCGAGCGUGAGUUUCCUUCUCGCGAAGAGAUGAUCGCUGAGCUGGAGCAGGAGAUAGGAGAGAGGUGGGGCUGUGGUGUCCAUAAUCGCAAGAAGGCACAUCAAAUGGGAGAACGACAGUUUGUUUACUACAAUGAACUGGCCAGGUUAGCUGGCAUCGAGAACAUCAAACCUGUCAUUCACAAGCUAAUGAAGGAUUGUGGCAAAAAGUACAUCUUUGAUUUGGACACCUACAGAAGCAACAAAUAUACGAUUAUAGACGAUGACAAUUUCUUAAAGAAUGGAAAACCUAUAGUGUGAUUUGACCAAUGUCGCCCCCACUUAAUUCACUUAAUGCACAUGUGUUAGCCGAAUCCUAAAAUUCCAUGGAUUAACUAAAUAAGUGAUAAAACCGUUAGAUACCAUAUAUUCCCUAAGAAAUGUUUAAAGGCAUACAAUAAAAAUAAAUAA